UCAGUGUUGGUACAUCGUUGUUACCAGUAAGUUUGAAACCAACGUUUUGAUAAUGAACAGGAUGUAUAAUUAUUAAUUUAUCGAUGAAUGUUUUGUACGUUAAAUAAUGAAUAACUUUUUUAAUUAUUAUUCAGGAAAUACGAAAAAAAUUUAAAAAUAUAAAAUUUUUUAACUGUAAAUCAGCUGCAGCAUGUGGACCCGAAGGACGUUUUGCUUUAAAUAUAACAUGACGACUGCAGGGUACCGGAAAUGCAAUCGGAUUGUCGCGAUGGCUUCGGCAGCGAUGGUGACGUUUGCGUGCGCCUUGCAAAUCGUGACGGCCGACAACGGCAUCCCCGACGACUUGGCCGGAGAUUACUGCGCAAAAGUGGGAUGCUGUACUGAAAGGCGUGACGAGGGUUGCUCGGCGCCGAUUUUGGGCACUUUGUGUUAUUGCGACGAUUUCUGCUACGUUAACCGCACCGGGUCGGAGGACUGUUGUCCUGACUUCAUGUCGUUCUGCAAACACGUCGAACCACUCCCGCCCGAGCCGAUAAUCAUCCGACCGAAAUGUAGUUAUGGUGAAGUGGUGAAUGUCAAUUGCAAUGCAUGUCGAUGUGAAAAAAGUAAUGGAAACACGACGCUGGUAUGUAACCACAAUGAAUGUCUUAUUGAUCCGUCACUCUUGGAUAUGAUUAAAAUCCAAAGUCGUCAAUUCGGAUGGUCGGCCAAAAAUUACAGUGCAUUUUGGGGCAGAACAUAUGACGAGGGACUUAAAUGGCGGCUAGGUACACUACAAUCACCAGAAAAGAUUUUACAAAUUGUACCUUUGAAAGCUGUGUUCCAUAGAGAUAAUUUAAAGUCGUCUUACGAUCUACGCAAAGUUUGGGGUGAAAGCAUUACCGAUCCUAUAGAUCAAGGUUGGUGUGGAGCGUCCUGGGCCAUAAGCACGGUUCAAGUAAUUACCGACCGUUUUGUUAUAAUGACCAGAGGAUUGAUGAGUGACGCACUGUCACCGAAACACCUGAUGUCCUGUAACAAUCUCGAGCUACAGCGAGGAUGCCAAGGCGGCCAUUUGAUCAGUGCUUGGAAUUGGAUUAGGAAAUUCGGACUCGUCACAGAAGAAUGUUAUCCGUGGCGGCCGUGGGAUGGUCGGAUGGCUGGUUGUGAGGUGACCAAUAAGAGGAGCAACAAUGACUUAAACGUGUCAUGUCCACGUUCGGCCAAAACAUCACAACUCAGACGAGUCGGUCUGAUGUACAGAGUGGACACAGAAGAGGGUAUUAUGAAUGAGAUUAUGAAUUGGGGAUCAGUCCAAGCCAUGAUGAAAGUGUCCAAAGAAUUUUUCAUGUACGAAUCGGGCGUGUACAAAUGUUCAAACGUGACCGAGGGAUCGAAAACAGGAUACCAUAGUGUAAGGAUUGUUGGCUGGGGUGAAGAGCAACAGAAUGGUAAAAACGUAAAAUAUUGGAUCGUUUCAAACUCAUGGGGACGUUGGUGGGGUGAAAAUGGAUAUUUCCGGAUACUGAAAGGAACCAAUGAGUGUCGUAUUGAAGACUUCGUUGUAGCCGCAAUGGCGGACAUAGGGGAUUUCUGUAACUUAGCGGAUCGAUCGUUCAAAGAAAACGCUUCAUACACAUUAAACGGCACCAAGAUUGAUAUUGCUUAAAUAAAUCAAUGAAUUCAUUCAGUGGACAAAAAAUAACGGAAAAAAAUUAUUCAUAAUUUUUUAUAUUUUGUUCACAACCAAUUUGGUACUAAAGUUUAAACUCCUAGUGCGUGUGCUUUCAUAUAAAAUAAUAAAUAAAUAAUUUUUUUUUACAAU